CACUUGGAAUUUAUCAGCACACGUUAAGUCUUUCGUUUGUCCACAUUGAUGUCGUUUGUGUACGUCAUUUAUUUUUACGCUACACAUUUCUGAUUAUUGCGCAAUAAACAUAAGCUCCGUGUUAAUAAAAUGUACCCGGUCAGUGAAAACAGUUGUGGACUGCAGACAAAAAUAUAAAGUGUAAGCAAGCUAACUAAUCGGAAGCUAAGCUAGCUAGCAUCUCUAAACGGCGUUCUUCACAGGAAAUUCUGAAUCUGUUUAGCAACUACAAAAAUAAAAAUGACUUCAGCCUCAACGAAGGUUGGGGAGAUCUUCUCAGCAGCAGGAGCUGCUUUCACCAAGCUAGGGGAGCUGACCAUGCAACUGCACCCCGUGGCUGACUCCAGUCCCACAGGAGCUAAGUGGACGGACACUGAGGUUGAGCAGCUGAGAUCGGCCGUGGUGAGGUUUGAUGACCUGAACUCCCUCAGCUCUGUCAUCAAGGAGCACACUGUGGUCCAGAUUAAAAGUACAGUCAAGAGGAAGCUCUAUGAUGAGAGUGGGAUGCCCAUUUCCACCGACUCCCCCAAAAAGACAGUCAAGAAGACUGCUGUUAUCAUGGCAACCACGGCAACCCCAACUGUCAUUGCUGUGCCGACCUCACAGGUCGUCAUGAAGGCAGGUGUCCAGGGCAAUGUGACUACUGUGGCCCCUCCCACCAUGAAGAAACAGAAGUCCGCAGCAGAUGUGACUCUGAGUGCUCUGAAUGACUCUGACUUCAACUCUGACCUGGUAGACCUAGAGGGACCAAACUCCAAGAAACUCAACUUUGAUCAGGACAACCUGAACCUCGACUCCAGCUUCAUCAUGAACUCUAGUGAACUGCCGCUCCUCUCUCGUUAACCUCUCACCUUUGACCUUAAGAAGAUGUUUGCAUCCCAAAUAGCACCCUAUUUCCUACAUAGUGCGCUACUUUUGACUGGAGCCCUAUGGACCCUGGUCAAAUGUAAUGCACUAAAUAGGGGUUAGAGUGCAAUUUGAGACGCAGCCCAGACAUCUCUCCUAAGAACAACAGCCGAGAUCCUUCAGAUUUGCUUUGGCAGAUCUCUAUGGGUGCAUCUGAAAUGGCACCUUAUUCCCUGCUUUUGGUCAGGGCCUAUGAGGUAUGCAAAUGUUCUUGCAUGAGGAAUGUGUUGGUGGAUGUAAAUAAUGGUAUUUUCUUUACAUUUACAUUUGUCAUUUAGCACUCUUAUCCAGAGCGACUUACAGGAGCAAUUAGGGUUAAGUGCCUUG